AUGUUGACGCGGCUGAAACCUGCUCCCCUACACACUCCUCUACACUACACACUCCAAUCCCCUACACUACACACUACACUCUCCCCUACACUCUCCCCUACACACUCCCCUACACUACACACUCCAAUCCCCUACACUACACUCUCCCCUACACAAUCCCCUACACUACACACUACACACUCCCCUACACAAUCCCCUACACAAUCCCCUACACAAUCCCCUACACUCUCCCCUACACUCUCCCCUACACACUCCCCUACACUACACACUCCAAUCCCCUACACUACACUCUCCCCUACACAAUCCCCUACACUACACACUACACACUCCCCUACACAAUCCCCUACACAAUCCCCUACACAAUCCCCUACACUCUCCCCUACACUCUCCCCUACACACUACACACUCCCCUACACUACACACUCCCCUACACUACACACUCCAAUCCCCUACACACUACACACUCCAAUCCCCUACACACUCCCCUACACUACACACUCCAAUCCCCUACACUACACACUACACUCUCCCCUACACUCUCCCCUACACACUCCCCUACACACUACACACUCCCCUACACUACACACUCCCCUACACUACACACUCCAAUCCCCUACACACUACACACUCCAAUCCCCUACACACUCCCCUACACUACACACUCCAAUCCCCUACACUACACACUACACUCUCCCCUACACUCUCCCCUACACUCUCCCCUACACACUACACACUCCCCUACACUACACACUCCCCUACACUACACACUCCAAUCCCCUACACACUACACACUCCAAUCCCCUACACACUCCCCUACACUACACACUCCAAUCCCCUACACUACACACUACACUCUCCCCUACACUCUCCCCUACACACUCCCCUACACUACACACUCCAAUCCCCUACACUACACUCUCCCCUACACAAUCCCCUACACUACACACUACACACUCCCCUACACAAUCCCCUACACACUCCCCUACACUCUCCCCUACACACUCUCCCCUACACAAUCCCCUACACACUACACACUCCCCUACAGUACACACUCCCCUACACUACACACUCCAAUCCCCUACACACUCCCCUACACUACACACUCCAAUCCCCUACACUACACACUACACUCUCCCCUACACUCUCCCCUACACACUCCCCUACACUACACACUCCAAUCCCCUACACUACACUCUCCCCUACACAAUCCCCUACACUACACACUCCCCUACACAAUCCCCUACACACUCCCCUACACUCUCCCAUACACACUCUCCCCUACACAAUCCCCUACACACUACACACUCCCCUACACUACACACUCCCCUACACUACACACUCCAAUCCCCUACACACUACACACUCCAAUCCCCUACACACUCCCCUACACUACACACUCCAAUCCCCUACACUACACACUACACUCCCCUACACACUCCCCUACACUACACACUUACACACACCCCUACACUACACACUCCAAUCCCCUACACUACACACUACACAAUCCCCUACACUACACACUCCCCUACACUUUCCUCUACACUACACACUCCAAUCCCCUACACUACACACUACACACUCCCCUACACUACACACUCCCCUACACUUUCCUCUACACUACACACUCCAAUCCCCUACACUACACACUACACACUCCCCUACACUACACACUCCCCUACACUUUCCUCUACACUACACACUCCAAUCCCCUACACUACACACUACACACUCCCCUACACUACACACUCCCCUACACUUUCCUCUACACUACACACUCCAAUCCCCUACACUACACACUUACACACUCCCCUACACACUCCCCUACACUACACACUCCCCUACACACUCCUCUACACUACAGUACACACUCCACUCCCCUACACACUCCACUCCCCUACACUACACACUACACACUCCCCUACACACUCCUCUACACUACAGUACACACUCCACUCCCCUACACUACACACUACACACUCCCCUACACACUCCCCUACACUACACACUCCACUCCCCUACACUACACACUCCAAUCCCCUACACUACACACUACACACUCCCCUACACUACACACUCCCUUACACACUCCUCUACACUACAGUACACACUCCACUCCCCUACACACUCCACUCCCCUACACUACACACUCACACUCCCCUACACUACAAUACACACUCCCCUACACUACAGUACACACUCCACUCCCCUACACACUCCUCUACACUACAGUACACACUCCCCUACACACUCCUCUACACUACACACUCCAAUCCCCUACACACUCACACUCCCCUACACACUCCAAUCCCCUACACAAUCUCCUACACUACACAUUGCCCUACACACUCACACUCCCCAACACACAUCCCUACACAAUCCCCUACACUACACACUCCACUCCCCUACAUAGUCCAAUCCCGUACACUGCACACUCCCCUAUACUACACACUCCCCUACACACUCCAGAUGUUUUGGAGGUGUUGUGCACUUUCAAGUCAUGAAGGGAAGUCGAUGAGGGCGUGUCGAGAGCCGUAUUGAAACACAGCGCUUGGUUUAAGAUACAACAGAUAAAAUGUUUUCACUUGUGCCUUUAAUGAACAACUUUUUUUUUUUUUUUAAUCAGCAGCACCAGAGCAGCAGUCUCCUCUUUCAUUUCUGUUUUAUAUCUGAAUCAUUUCUAACUUGCUAUUAAAGCCUAGCAGUGUUUAACCCUGCACACAGG